GAAGUGUCCCGAAGACGAAGUGUCCGACAUCCUAGGUCACGUGAUCACAUGUAAACAUUGGUAGCGCAAUCAUCAGCAGUCAGAUCAGCAGUGCGAGCGAGCAGGUGGUCACUGCGUUGAAUCUGUUCUUAACACUUGGGACUGACGGGUACCUUUGGUAGAGAUGGCUACUAUUGGGAGUGGUUUGAUGAUGGCUGACAAUAUGACGGAGAAGGCAGAGAAGAUGGUUUCUUAUGUCUUAGAUCACGCCAAGAAGGGAGAUCCUGCUAGCUUACUUGCCUCAGCUGACAAAUAUUGCUACACAGUGCAGAAGCUCAUGAACGUUGGUGAAAUCAAAGGUGCUAUUGUGACCAACAUCUUAAAGGACUUGGCCCCUAAAACUUGCCUUGAGUUGGGAACUUAUUGUGGUUAUUCUGCAGUACUAAUGGCCAGCAUUCUACCAAAGGGAAGUCGCCUCCUUACUGUUGAGGCCGAUGAAGGAAACGCUGAGAUUGCAAAGAAAUUUAUCGACCACGCAGGAAUUGAAGUGAAGGAGAAGAUAACUGUUAUUGUCAACAACUCCGAUGAAGUCAUCCCUAAGCUCCGUGAAGAUUUCUCUGUGGACUUUCUAGACUUUGUUUUCAUCGACCACUGGAAGAACGUUUACUUGAGGGACCUCCAGCUCCUUGAGACCCACGGACUGCUCCGGAAGGGUACGGUCAUUGUCGCUGAUAACAUCAUUUACCCUGGUGUGCCUGAAUACCUACAGUAUGUCACAACGUCGGAGAAAUAUCAGACGGAAACUUUUGACUCGACCCUUGAAUACAGUGACAAGAAAGAUGCGGUGGCCAAAUCUGUUUAUUUAGUUGAAUAAGUUAGUAUAUUUUUAUGAUUGUCCAAGAUGAGAAUUAAAGGCACUGGAUACUAUUGGUAACUACUAAAAAUAAUUAGCACAAGAACUUACUUGGUAAUGAGCAAUG